AUGUAUUGCCAAAAAUGCCGUACCCCGCUCAGGCUAGACAGCUCGCUGGAGAAGCUGAAUCCGGCAGCGUACGAUCUACUUGUCGCAACGCACUCACAGCAAGGGCCAAAGAAGCCCUCCACAUCCCGCACAUUACCUUUGAACGACCUCGCCAGGAAAGCAAUUUACGACCGAGCGGCCCAGAAUGCACCCCCUCCGAUAUUCAAGCGCCAUGGUUGGCCGGGCAGAGGUGAUGCUCACCCGCGCGAUAGCUCGGCCAUGUCCUUCAUUUUCUUGACCGAAUCCCAGAUAGCACCGCCAAACCUGGCUUUGCAGAGGAGCCACCAAGUCUCGGAUGCUUCUCCCACCUCUCCAGGCCGCCACGACAGCACCGCGGACGAGGACGAUGCAUCCAAGUCGUACGAAACGGAACGCAUCACCAAGCUUUUCGAGAUUCUUUCAGCCCGCUCCGAUAUUGACCACCCUGUCUGCGUCGAGUGCACUGAGCUGCUGCUAGAGGAGCUGCAGAAAAGGCUCGAGACGACGACGCGAGAGAGGGAUGCGUACAUUGCGUUCUUGAAGGAAAUGCAAGCCAGCGCGCCCACGGAGGAGGAACUACGAGGCCGGGAAGAAGCCCUCCGAAAAGCCCUGCACGCCGAAGCCGCGGCAGGCGAAGAGAUCCGGCAGCUGGAGCGGGAGAAAGAAUCGCUUGACGCCGAGCUCGUCUCUCUGGAGGAAGAGUGCCGGCAGCUCGACGCGCAGGAAGAAGCCUUCUGGCGCGAGCGCAACGAGUUUGCGAGUCGGCUGGCCGACUUCCAGAACGAGCGCGACUGCAUCAACAGCAAGUUUGACCACGACUCGCGGCAGCUUGAGAAGCUACAGCGCAGCAACGUCUACAACGACACCUUCUGCAUCAGCCACGAUGGCACCUUUGCCACCAUCAACGGUCUCCGCCUGGGCCGCCUCUCCAGCAAGCCCGUCGACUGGCCCGAGAUCAACGCGGCCUGGGGCCACGCCUUGCUGCUGCUCGUCACGGUCGCCGACAAGCUGGGCUACCACUUCGAAGGCUACGAGCCGCAGCCGAUGGGUUCGACGUCGCGCAUCAUCCGCUACGACCAGCCCUCCCCGACAUCCAGCCGCCGGCUUGGUUCCACCACCACCGAUACCGCCGCUGGAACCACCACCCCGCGCAGCGCGCCCCCGCCGCCCCCCAAGCGGCACGUCCUGGACCUGUACUCGUCGGGCGACAUGCCGCUAGGCCUGACCUUUAUGCACCGCAAGUUUGACAAUGCCAUGACGGCGUUCCUGGAGCUGGUCCGCCAGCUGGGUGCCCACGUGCACGCCCAGACGGCGGCCGCCGACGGCACCCCGCUCAGCCUGCCCUACCGGAUUGAGGGCGACAGGAUCGGCGACGUGAGCAUCCGGCUGGGCGUGGCGCAGGACGAUGGGUGGACCAAGGCCUGCAAGCUUACGCUGACGUGCUGUAAGUUCCUGUUGGCGCAUGCUAGUAAUGUGAAUUCGGUGGCGAAUGGGAGGGCGGCGGGCGUUUAA